AUGGACGCCGAGGCUAUGGGUUACGGUUAUACCGAGGCGCCCAAUCGUGCGCCUUAUGACGUGGAGAAUAGCAACACGCAGCGCUCACUGAUGCCGUUGAGCGACCAGAUGGACAUGGGUGCUGCAAGACUCGAGCAGACCCUCGAGAUGUUGAACGUCCGCUACCAAUCAUUGUUUUUUGCUUCUGCGGCAUCUAUAGUGGCGAAUGCAAUCAUGACUUUCAUCGGCAGCUUCGGCAUAACACAGAUCCCCUCAUUGAUAAUGUCUACGUUUUUGAUCAUUAACGGAAUGAUGAUCAUGAUACUUGACGUUCCAGGUACUCCUCGCUGGGCGGGAAAACACCGCCGCAACAUACGCAAGAAUAUGCGUUUCCUAACCAGACUAACUGGUAAAUCGCUCUGGCUCGCUCUUCUGGGUUCGAUGUCUCUGAUGACUACCAAGGUUUCGCGUUCGUUGAACGUUUUCCGCGUAUGCUUCAGCACUCUGAGCACAUUCUUUGUGUUCGCUGCGGCUGGUACAGGCAUGCUUAUCGCCAUCAGGAAGAGCUUACGCCUAGAAAGAGUAAAAAACAUCAUUAAGGAAAAUUCAAAGGGGGCAUACAUUGACUGCUACCGCAAGUACGCACUAGGUGAUCCCGACUAUGGUAUGCAAUUUCAGGAGUUUAACCGUAUGUGCGCGGACCACACAUCAGGCAUGCAUCAGUUCGACAUUGUCGACCUCUAUAUUAUAUUUAACGUACUGGAUGAGUUUCAGAAGUCCGCUAUUAACGAACGCGAAUUUUACGAGUGGAUGGCUGGCUCGCUCGUAUUUCUUUGA